ACUUUGAUUUCGCUCUUGUCCACAUCAGCGUGAAAUAAACUCGCAGCUGUUAGAAAAACAGAACGAUGGCACCCAGACGUUCCGGCAAGAGUUCAAAAAAUCCCCCAAUUUUUAGUCAUGAGUUUUUCAUACAGAAUCAUGCAGACAUUGUAUCUUGCAUUGCCAUGGUUUUCAUUAUUGGUCUUAUGUUUCAGGCAACAUCACCCGUUGCUAGUUUGUUCAUCACCAUGCAGAAUAACAGCACAGUGAAUGAUUCAGCAAAUGUUGAGCAUAUAGUCUACUCCAGUGGAAGUCGGGAUUUGUUCACCACCUUCUUCUAUUUCCUCAUCUGCAUUGUUAUUCAUGCUGUACUCCAGGAAUACGUUCUAGAUAAGUUGAAUCGCAAGAUGCAUUUGUCAAAGAUCAAGCACAGUAAAUUCAAUGAGUCUGGGCAGCUGCUCAUAUUCUUCUUAGUCUCGGCUGUCUGGGGUGCUGACAUUUUAUUUAGAGAGAACUAUGUCACUAGUGUCAACCAACUGUGGGAAGGAUACCCUCAUACUCAACUACCGUUCAUCGUAAAGUUCUUUUUCAUCAUUCAAUUGGCUUAUUGGGUCCACAACUAUCCUGAGCUGUAUUUUCAGAAAAUCAGAAAGGAGGAGAUGUCUGGCAGACUGCAGUACACUACCAUCUAUCUCAUCUUUAUUGCGGCUGCCUACUUUCUAAACUUUAACAGAGUGGCACUUUGUGCUCUGGUGUUGCACUAUACAGUUGAAUCUCUGUACCACAUGGCAUUGUUGUGUCACUUCUCAGAGAAGGCAGAUCUGGCCAAAACUAUAUUUAUGGUAUUCAAUGUUCUUUUUGUAUUGGUACGCUUAGGAACAAUAACUCUAGCUGUUUUGACAUUUUGGUACGGAUUAGCUCAGUCUAACAAUGCUGUCAUAGACAUAGCAACAGGAAACUUCAAUACAUAUAUUGUCAGAAUAAAUUGCUUGGUAGCAAUAGGUUUGUGCCAAGCUGGAUUAAUGUGGAACUUUAUCACUUUCCACCUACGAAAGUUACGGGAGAAAUCUCCAUCUAGCAAGAAGCUUCGCUCACCAAGCAAGAAGAAGGCUGAACCAAAAGCUGUUUUGCCAGAGGAGCUGGAUUCUCUUCCAGAAGUAGACCAGAACUCUGCAACAGAGAAUGGUAAUGUUAGAGCCAGAAAAGUCAAGAAAUAGACAUUCAAAUGGUCAAUGUCUAAUGCUUUGUUCACAUCUAUUCCAUCCUAGAUAGAAAAAAAAACACAUCGGGACUACUUUGAUAGAUAUUAUCCUAAUUUUUUAAAACAUUAGUUUCUCGUGUAAAGUUCUGUAGAAUAGAAACUUUUUUUUCUUUUGUGUUUCCUUUUUUUUCCUCGGAGAAUGUUUUAUUUAUUUUGUUAUGAAAUCUCUUGAUUUUCAAAUUGUUUAUUGAGACAUUUUGUGGAUCUUGAUCUAUUUUUUUUUUUUCAUUCUUUUUUCUUUUCUUUCUUUUGCUCUGACUCUUCUUGACUUCAUUUUCCUUUCAAAAUGUCUUGAGACUUUUCAUGUUAUUGGAUGAGAAUGUUCUAGUUAUCAAACUGUGUGUGCAUUUGUAUUGCUGCUAAAACAUGUACUUUUUUUUUUAAAGUUUUUUUUUUUCUUAUUAAUCUUUCCUUACUUGUGGAUGUGGAUUCACUUCUGAGGUUUCACUAUUCAUUGAUGUAUGAGCCAGGGACCAGUGUAGGUAUAGACUUAUAUAAAUAUCAUAGUAACAAGUCAGCACUACUUCUAGUUAAGUAUUCACAGAUUAUUACUGUUAUUGUUACAAGUGAAUAGUUUAACAUUUGAGUGACAAUUUAACAAGUACUACUGAUAUACUGUUUUUAUUACUUGGCCAAGUUAGGAUCAUACUUGAAAGUAUUUUUUUUUUAAUCAUUUGUUUGUUGAUUUGAUUGAUCAGAAUCAAAAUAUAGUAACUGUAAUCUAUAAUCUGAAUAAGUAUGUUGCAAGAACUAUUCAUGACUGCCUAUGGUUUAAAUUAAGACUCAUGAAUUUAAAGAUUUUUUCUUAAUGUGGCUUUGUUAUUGUAUGAGAUAACAUUAUUUCUAUAUUAUCUUUAUCAAUUUUUUUUUUUUUUUGCUUCAGUCUGUUUAGCCAUUAAAAGUUGGUCCCCCACUGAUAAAAUAAAUGAUUUUUUAGAUAGCUAAUUGUCUGAUGGUCAUAACCAGUAUUUAAAAUUGUAAAUUAUUUUUGAAAGCUAUGAGUUUGUCUGGCUUUAUAACAUCUAAUUAAAAUCAUUGUCAGGACAAUAUUUUUUUUUUCAAAUGGAAAUCAAUGAGCUGAAAUGUAUAAAUAACUAAUGUUUGUGCUGCUGCAGUUUUGUAUGUACUAAUGUAGGUUCAAGAAGCAUUUUGUUGUAAAGCUGAUCAUGUUCUAAAUCUGCUUUUUUUUUUUCUCUUCCCCCCUGAAUUUUACAUUCAAUUAUUGUUAUGUACAUAGGAAUUAUGUUUCACUAUUCAAACGUUUGUUGUUUGCUUUGGUGAUGUGUAUUGGGUAAGUCAGUCAAGUAGGUGUAACUUUAAUCAUGUACCAAAACUUAUUUUUGUGUUUGUUCUGCUAGAGUAUUUCAUCUCUUUAAAAUAGUUCCAUGGCUAGGAAAGUGUACACCUGUUUGUGUUGUUGAGAUUACCCAAGUGUCUUCCUUGUGUGUGAUUUGUAGUACUCUCUGUAUUCAAUUGUGUGAUUAUUGCUAAAGUAUCUCUAGUGUUUAUUUACAUAUUUUCUAUUUAGAUUACUCCCAGUGUCCACCAGCAUUUCUAUUCUAUUAGAAGUCUUAAAAAAAAAAUUCGUUGACUAAACAAUUUUUUUCUAUCUAAACAUUUUAGGUAGAUACACAAGCUAUACUCAUUUUUUAGCUUAGCACACUUGUAUAGACUACAUGAUUCAAAUAUUUUUAAUUGGUGCCUCUUGCAUCCAGGCAAUGUCUCUCUUCAAGGACUUAUGACCUCUGAAAAACAUUUCUUGCAAGAUUUUUUUGUUUUCAGUUAUUACAAGAGUUAUUUCUUUCCCCAACCUAAUGAUAACAAGAAUUGACUAUACAUAGUAAUCUUUGAGACUUGUUAUUGGCAAAUAAUAAAUGAAAAAAUAUUUCUAGUCACGUGAAGAUUUAGGUUGAUUUGUAAGUACGGGCAAUGUUGAAUGCCACAUGGAAUGUUUGAAGCCUUUUUUUGUUGUUGUUUUUUAAUGUAAAGCUACACAAUAGAUUGACAUUUAGAAGUUAAAACUGUACUUACUGCUUUGUCUAUAUAUAAGUAUUAAAAGGGUAUUGGUUAGGUUUGAUGAAUGAUUAUAUUAUGUAGUUAGUUUUAAAUGUAUGGUAUUGAAACUUUGUCCAACUAUAUUGGUGAUGGCCUAGGUGGUGGUCUUUGAUUGAAAAAAAUGUUUAACAUUUGUAUGAAGAAUGGCUUACAUUACCCACAGUUCAUGACAUGACAUUGCCUAGCUUGUCUUGUAUUACAUUGCCUAUUGUUUGAUUUUAUGUCCCAGUACCGGUAGUUAUCAUUUUAACCUUGCUUGCUUUAUCUUACUAUGGCAACAGUGUGUAUAAAAAGUGCCAUUAUUGGCAGCGGUGUCUCGUGCAUUUUAAGCUCAUAUCUCUUUUUCUGUUAAAUACUUUAUUCUUUUUUUUUUUUUCUCCAUGGCAUGUUUUCUUUGUGAUGAAAGUUUGAAAAUGUUGAGUCUGUGAUUGACCUGUGUGCAUGUGAGUUUUGGAAUCAGAAUGAUUGUUUUAAGAACUGCUGUAAUGAACUACAUUAAGGAUAAAUAUUUGUCAAAUUUUAGUAAAGACAUGUUCCCUGGAUGCGUUGAGUACUGUAUUCUAUAUACUCAUAAUACUUUGUCCAGUGAAAUAACUUGUCGAUAGGGGGGGGGGGGGGAACAAUUUGACUUGCCAACAUUUCCAAACUCUUUUUCUUGAGGUGUUUUUAAACCCUGUGUCAUGGUUGUUGCUGAAGAAAGAUUGACAAACUAAUACUGCUGUUAAAACAUAGUUUCUUAUUUAAUUUAAUGUGGUUUUCCCUCAAACUCAUCAUUUAAGUGAUAAAUGAUAAUGAUUGCAUUUAUUUUAUUGUCAUACGUAUGGAUGUUAUUCUUUUUAAGCUAUCCUAUUCUUUUCAGAUAAAUGACUAGAAUUAAUUCUGUCACUGUAAAACAUGUGGACAUCAUACAACUUGCAUGGGAUAAAAUGUAUCAGAAAGUUGUAAUUGAAGUUUUUGCAAUCAUGUUUAUCUUUUAUGCUUACUCACCAAAUUGGUUUGAGGGCAUAUCAUAAUCCUUGUGAAUGUUGACUAGGGAAAGUGGAUCCAGAUGGUAGAAAAUUGUUGCAUUCAAUAAAAUGCUGUUGAAAAGCAUAGAGCACUUAAAACGUUUUUAAUUUUACAGACAAUUUAUUGCUAUUUUAGGGACAACUUUUUGACAUGUAUGAACUUGUUCUGCAUGAUCUUUGUUGUAGAGUGCAUUCAUUUUUCUCUCAUAGAUUAUAAACAUUGAAUGUAUUUGUUUCUUCUGUCUUGUUACAUUUCUGUCCAUAAAAUAAAACAAACAAAUUCAACAAAAAAAAAACCCAUCUUUUCUUGAAAUUGUUUAUAUUUUGUAUGUACUGGUUAUAAGUAAAUGUUUGACAUAAUAUGAAACUAUUUUAGUGCUGUUGUGAUAGGUACUGCUGCUGAUGUGUGAAGAAUGUAGUCACUUGAUUAAUGGCAACUUGUGAAAACAGCUUGAAGCAAAAAAAAUAUUUUUUUUAAUAAGACAGUGAAAAGUGUUUCAUGUAACUGUAUUGUGGUGUCUAAAUGACUUGUCUUUUUGCCUUAUUAGGUUGAAACAAAUCAAUAAAAAAAAAUAUUUCUGUCUCUUUGUGUGUUGAAAAAAACCUUGCCAUUGUCACACAAUAACAUCAGGCCAACAAAAACUAAUUUGCUAGAGCUACACAAUGUAACUCCAAAUGUGUAACUUAAUAUUUCAUUAUAUAUUUGUUGUUAAUUGGACUCUCAGAAUUUCAAAAUGAUUCUUUCCCUUGUUCAUUAUGUUUCAUCAGCGUUUAUGUAUACAUUUAAUUGAGAGAAGAGUCUAUUAGUUCAAUAAGAAUAAAAAUUAUAACUUUA